UGUCUGAUUGUCGGCUGAAGUUAUUGUUAUUGCUUCAAACAAACAUAAUCACUUAAACAACGAACUCGAAUCUGUCCAAAUGUAUUCUUCUACGAACUGUAGUCAAUUGGGAAAACCGAUCUAAAUUUUGGUUCGCCAGAUCGCUUAUUAUUAAGAGUUGAACGUUAAGUGUGUGCGCCGGCAGAAUUUAAAGAAACCGGGAGUCAAGUGCCUCGCUGUGCUGCCGCACAGUCGGGACAAGAAUCCGCGUCGGAAUGUGGAGCGGCGUUGGGCGCCAGUAGCGGCAUGUUCGCGAUGCUGGAGCUGCUGGCAGUCGCGCUGGCGCUGGCGGUAACGUCCGCAGCGCAGGCCGACCAUUCUGAUUUGCAGCCAGGCACGCUGAGCUGCGGCGCCGAGCAGUUCGCGUGCGCCGACGGCUCGCGCUGCGUGCCCGGCGCCUGGCGCUGCGACGCGCGCGCGCACUGCGCCGACGCGUCCGACGAGCUGCACUGCCCGCGCGGCGCCGACGCCUCGUGCGGCGCGGGGCGGUUCCGCUGCGCGCGCAGCGGCCUGUGCGUGGCGGCCGGCUGGCGCUGCGACGGCGACGCCGACUGCGGCCCGCACGACGCGUCCGACGAGGACCCCCACAUGUGCGAGAAGGACUUCAAGUGCCGCGGCGCCUGGGCGCGCUGCGCCACGCCGGAGGACGGCCGGUUCAGCUGUGUGCCCGUCUACAACUUCUGCGACGGCGAGCGGCACUGCCUCGACGGCAGCGACGAGUGGGACAUCUGCGACAACUUCACGGAGGCGCAGUGCGCGAGCCACAGCUGCGGCGCGUGCCGGCCCACGCACGACGGCGUGGCGUGCUACUGCGCGCCGGGCUACGAGCCGCGCGACGCCCGCUGCGUCGACAGCGACGAGUGCUCGUGGGAGGGCGCCUGCGCGCAGCGCUGCAGCAACUCGCCGGGCUCGUUCGCGUGCGCGUGCGCCGAAGGCUACGUGCUGCGCGCCGACCGGCGCAGCUGCCAGCCCCUCAACGAGCCGCCCGGCGCGCCGCUGUCGCUGCUGGUGGUGACGCAGAGCGGCGUGUCGCGCGAGUGGCCCGCCGCGCCCGCGCCCGCCGGCAACUACUCGCUGCGGGCGCUGGACGUGCGCGCGCUCGACUUCCACUACAGCAACGGGUCGGUGUGCUACGUGCACAACAACGUGAGCCGCGCCGCGCUGGUGUGCGUGCGCGCCGACGACUUCGCGGCGCGCACCGAGCUGCCCGCGCCCGAGCUGUUCGCCGACCUGAGCUCCGUGUCGCACCUGGCCGUGGACUGGCUGGCCGGCAACUGGUACUUCGCGGACGAGGCGCGCGAGGUGGUGUACGCGUGCGAGCCCGCGCUGCGCCACUGCCGCGUGCUGCUGCAGGCCAAGCCGCGCGGCCUGGCGCUGGACCCCGGCGCCGGCCUGCUGUUCUGGAGCGAGUGGGGCGCGGGGCCGCCGGCCGUGCGGCGCGCGUCGCUGGCGGGGCGCGAGGCGCGCGCGCUGGCGGCCGCGCGGCUGGUGUACCCGGGCGCGCUGUGCGCCGAGCCGGCCGCGCGCCUGCUGUACUGGGCCGACGCCUACCUGGAGAGCGUGGAGCGCGCCGACUACGAGGGCGCGCGCCGGCUCACCGUGCGGCGCGGCUACGCGGGCACGCGCCUGCGCGCGCUGUCGCUGCUGGACGAGACGCUGUUCCUGCCGCUGUGGGCCGAGCGCGCCGUGGCGGCCGAGCGCGGCCCGCGGGAGCGCCGCCGGCUGCCGCUGCGCGCGCGCCCCACGGCCGCGCUGGCCUACCACCGCCAGCGGCAGCCGCGCCGCCCGCACCCGUGCGCCGCGCGCAACGGCGGCUGCGCGCACAUCUGCGUCACGGCCUACCGCGCCGGCGCGCCGCACGCCGACUGCCUGUGCCGCGCCGGCUUCCGGCGCGCGGGCCACGGCGACUGCGAGCUGUCGGCGGCCGAGAGCUACCUGGUGCUGUCGCGCGGCACCCCGCCGAUGGUGCAGGGCCUGGCGCUGGCGCACGGCGACGACGCGUUCGUGCCCGCCACGCACGCCGCGCGGCCCAGCGCCGCCGACGUGGACGUGGCGACGGGCAUGCUGUACUACUGCGACGUGCACAGGUACGAGAUCGUGCGCCAGCGGCUGGCGGGCGGCGGCCGCGAGGUGUUCGUGGCGGAUGACGUGGACAAUUGCGAGGGCCUCGCCAUCGACUGGAUGGGCCGCAACGUGUACUGGACGGACGAGGCGCGCGGCUCGCUGAGCGUGGCGCGCCUGGACGCCGCGCCGCGCCGCGCGCUGCUGCGAGAGCGCUUCCACCCGCGCGCGCUGGCGCUCGACCCCGCCAACGGGGUCAUGUACUGGUCGGCGUGGGCGGGCGGCGCGGCGCGCGCGCGCAUCGAGUCGGGCGCCAUGGACGCGUCGCGGCGCCGCGUGCUGCUGCGCGCGCAGCUGCACUGGCCCGGCGGCCUGGCGCUGGACCGCGCGCGCCUGCUGCUCUACUGGUGCGACACGCAGCUGGCGCGCCUCGAGCGCGUGCGCGUCACGCGCGCCGGCCGGCUGGCGCCCGGCGCCGCGCGCGAGCUGCUGGCGCCGCGCGCCGGCGUGCCCGCGCCCGCGCGCCCCUACGGCCUCGCGCUGCACGACGACUGGCUGCUGUGGAGCGAGCACGGCUCGGGCGCGCUGCGGCGGCUGUUCGCCAACGGCUCGGUCGACACGCUGCGCAGCUUCCCGCCGCCGCUCUACGACGUGCGCCUGGUGGAGGCGACGGCCAGGACGGGCAGCAACGCGUGCUCGCGCGACAACGGCGGCUGUGCCGAGCUGUGCCUGGCCACGGGUGCGGGCGCGCGGCGCUGCGAGUGCGGCGAGGGGCGCGCGCUGCGACCCGACGGGCGCACGUGCGGCGCGGCCGUCGACGCGCCCGCCUGCGCCGCCGGGCACUUCUCCUGCGGCGGCGGCCUGUGCGUGCGCGCCGAGCUGGCGUGCGACGGCGACGCGGACUGCCCCGGCGGCGCCGACGAGGACGCGUCGCCGCGCGGACCCUGCGCGAACGUGACGUGCGACGAGCGGCAGUACCUGCAGUGCGACGGCGUGCGCUGCGUGCCGCGGAGCUGGCUGUGCGACGGCCAGCCCGGUGAGCCGCGCCUUGUCGCCACUCCAUCUGCGAACACGCCGCGAUUACUCCUAUUCUAUCGAAUUUUGUCAAUGAUUUACCUCACCGAACUUCACAUGCAUGCAGACUGCGCGGACGGCGCGGACGAGGAGCCGCACGAGUGCGAGCGCACGGCGUGCGGCGCGCCGCACUUCCGCUGCGCGCGCUCGCGCCGCUGUCUGCCCGGCGCCUGGCGCUGCGACGGCGCGCGCGACUGCGGGCCCGCCGACGCGUCCGACGAGGCCGACUGCCCGCCCGCCGACUGCGAGCGCGGCGCCUUCCGCUGCGGCGGCGGCGCCUGCGUGCCGCCCGAGGCGCGCUGCGACGGCCGCGCCGACUGCGCCGACGCCAGCGACGAGCGCGCCUGCGCCGCCUGCGAGCCGCGCGACUUCCGGUGCGGCGACGGCGAGUGCAUCCGCCAGGAGCUCCGCUGCGACGCGCGCGUGGACUGCCUCGACGGCUCCGACGAAGACUCCUGCGCCAGCAGCACCACCGACAGCACCGGCACCAGCACCGCCGGCGGCGCGCUGGCCGGCGCGGCCUGCCCCGCGCCCGCGCUGCGCUGCGACAACGGCACGCGCUGCGUGCCGCUGCAGCAGCAGUGCGACGAGCGGCAGGAUUGUGCCGACGGCGCCGACGAGGCCGACCGCUGCGGCGAGCCCAUGUGCGCGGUGUCGCCGUGCUCGCACGCGUGCCACGCGUCGCCGCGCGGGCCCGUGUGCGCGUGCCCCGCGCCGCUGCGCCUGCGCGCCGACGCGCUCUCGUGCGCGCCGCCCGCCGAGGCGCCGUGCGCGCGCUGGGGCGCGUGCGCCCAGCUGUGCCGCUCCGUGCGCGGGCGCGCGCGCUGCUCGUGCCGCGCGGGCUACCGGCUGGCGGCGGACGGCGUGUCGUGCAAGAGCGAGAGCGCCGAGCGCGCGCUGCUGGUGUUCAGCAGCCGCCACGAGCUGCGCGGCGUGCGGCUGCCGGCGCGCGGCUCGCGCCUGCUGCUGGGCGGGCUGCGCGGCGCGCGCGCGCUGGCGUGGGCGGGCGGGCCGGCCGCGCGCCGCCUGUACUGGGCCGACGUGGCCGACGACGCCAUCUACCGCGGCACGCUGCGCGACGACGGCGUGGGCGACGUGCGGGCCGUGGCGCGGCGGGGGCUGGCGGGCGCCGAGGGGCUGGCGGCCGACUGGCUGGGCGGCAACCUGUACUGGGCGCAGGGCGGCCUGCGGCUGCUGGAGGUGGCGCGCCUGGACGGGCGGCACCGGCGCGUGCUGCUGGCCGGCGGCAUGGGCAGCCCGCGCGCGCUGGCGCUGGACCCGGCCGCCGGCCUGCUGUUCUGGAGCGACUGGGACGCCGCGGCGCCGCGCAUCGAGCGCGCGUCGCUGGCCGGCCGGCGCCGCGCCGUGGCCGUGGCGCUGGAGCCGGGCGCGGUGCCCAACGGGCUGGCGCUGGACGCGCCGGCGCGCCGCGUGUACUGGGUGGACGCGCGCGCGCGCGCCGUGCGCACGGCGGACUACGCGGGCGGCGACCGGCGCGACGUGCUGGCGGGCCACGCGCGCCUGGCGCACCCGUUCGCGGCGGCCGUGUUCGAGGCGCACGUGUACUGGAGCGACUGGCGCAGCAGCAGCGUGCAGCGCGCCAACAAGUGGCACGGCGACCACGCGGCGCCCGUGCAACGCGCGCUGGCUCAGCCGCUCGACGUGCAGAUAAUCCACUCGAGCCUGCAGCCGCCCAGCGCCACCAACCCGUGCGCCGCCAACGGCAACUGCUCGCAUCUGUGCCUCAUCGACUCGGCCUCGGAGCGUGUGUGCGCCUGCCCGCUGCUCAUGCGCCUGGCCGCCGACGAGCGCACCUGCGAGGCGCACGAGCGCGUGCUGCUGGCGGGCCUGCCCGGCGCCGUGCGCGGCCUGGGCGCGGAGGGCGCGGCGGGCCCCGCGCUGGGGGGCGCGCACGUGGCGGCGCCGGGCGCGCUGGCCUUCCUGGCGGCCGAGCGCGCGCUGUUCUGGGCCGACGGCGCGGCCGGCGAGGUGCUGCGCGCCGACGUGCGCGGCGGCGCCGUGCAGGUGCUGGCGGACGGCGGCGGCGACCCGCGCGCGCUGGCGCUGGACCCCGCGGCGCGCCUGCUGUUCUUCGUGUGGCGCGGCUGGCUGGUGGCCAGCGCGCUGCGCGGCGGGCCGGUGGCGCCGCUGCUGGCCGGCUUCGAGGGGCUGUCGGCGCUGGCCGUGCACCCGGCGCGCGGCCGCCUGUACUGGGCGCUGGCGGCGCGCGGCGACGACUGCGUGGAGACGGCGGCGGCCGACGGCUCCGAGCGCCGCGUGCUGCUGCGCCGAGCCGACGCGCCCGCGCUGGCCCAGCCCACCAGCAUGUGCGUGGACGCGGAGGGUGAGCGGCUGUUCUGGGUCAACCUGGGCUCCGCCACCAUCCAGUAUCUCGACCUGCGCACCGAGAAGGCCGCCACCGUGUCGCUGCCGGCGGGCGCGCGGCCCGCGGCGCUGGACGUGUCCGCGGGCGAGCUGCUGUGGGCCGACCGCGCGCGCGGCGCCGUGCUGGCGUGCGCGCCGCCGCACUGCGCCGCGCCCGCCGCGCGCGCGCACGCGCCCGGCGCGCUGGCGCUGCUGCAGUACGACGCCGCGCGCCAGCCCGCCGCGCGCGCCGCCUGCCGCCCCGCCUGCCAGCACCUGUGCGUGCGCCAGGCCUGCCGCUGCGCGCACGGCUACGAGCCGCACGGCGCCGCCUGCCGAGGCCUAGCAGUCACUUUAGCGCAACCGCAACACCUAAGCCGCAAUAGUUGUGACACUCAUAAAUCGAUUUAUAAUUUGCCGUUUUUCUACCAUUUUUCACUGCGCGCCGCUCCCGUGGCCGUCGCAGCGGAGGACGACGUGCUGGUGUACUCGCGGGGCUGGGAGCUGCGCGGCUUGCGGCUGGCGCCCGCGCGCCCGCACGACCCGCGCCCGCCGGACGCGCUGCCGCCGAUCCCGCAGGUGUCUUGCGCGGCGACCAUCGACUACGACGCGGAGGAGGAGUGGCUGUACUGGGCCGACCCCGAGGCGGGCGAGGCGUGGCGCGUGCGGCGCAGCGGCGAGGCGCGCGAGCGCGUGCUGGCGCAGGCGCCGCUGGAGGGCGCGGCGCGCGACGCGCUGGCGGCGCUGGCGCUGGACCCGGUGGCGCGCAACCUGUACUGGGCCGACGCGGCGCGCGCGCUGCUGCUGGUGGCGCGCCUGGACGGCUCGCAGCGCUACGUGCUGCGCGACACGGCGCCGCUGGCCGUCUCGGGUGAGUGCGCCGGCGAGCGCCCCGGGCGCCCGCGCGCACCGGCGGCCUACAGCGCGCCCGUUGCAGCGCUGGCGGUGGACGGCUGGGCGGGCUACCUGGUGCUGGCGGGCGGCGGCAGCGUGCGCAGCGCGCGGCUGGACGGGUCGGGCGGCGCGGCGCUGCGCUCGGGCGGCGCGCUGCGGGCGCUGGCGCUGGACGCGCGCGCGCGCUGGGCGUACUGGGCGGACGGCGCGGGCGUGUGGCGCGCGCGCUACGCGGCGCCGGGCGCGGCGCAGCGCGUGGGCGGCGCGGCGCUGCGGCACCCGGUGGCGCUGGCCGUGCACGGGGAGCGGCUCUACUGGCUGGACACGUCGCUGCGGCGCGGCAGCGUGGCGACGGCGCCGCUGGCCAACCUGAGCGACUACCGCGUGCUGGCGGACAACUUGGGCACUAGUCUCAAGGACUUGAAGGCGAGUUCACACAUUAUUUCAAAUCUCCAAUUUAUUUUCCAAAUAGGAAGCAGAUUAGCAACUCAAAUUCUCUUACAACCUAACUACUCCCCAGAAAACUGCAUAGAUGUGACCCUCUCUCCUGUCUGGUCGUCGGCGCAGCGCGGCCAGCGCGCGCUCAGCCCGUGUGCGCGCGCCAACGGCGGCUGCGAGGCGCUGUGCCUGUGGGACGGCAGCGCCGCUAGGUGCGCCUGCCCGCACGGCGCGCUGGCGCCCGGCGGCAAGAACUGUGCGCCGCACACGGACUUCCUGAUGUACUCGAGCGGCACGGCGAUCGAGAGCGUGCGCCUCGACGGCGGCGAUGACCUCAACGCGCCCUACCCGCCCAUCCGCAACAAGACCCUGCUGCGCAACGCCGUGGCGCUGGCCUACGAGUACGAGAGCCGCACGCUGUUCUACUCCGACAUCCAGCGCGGCGCGCUGCUCGCCGUGCACUUCAACGGCUCCGCGCACCGCGUGCUGCUCGAGCAGGCGGGCUCGGUGGAGGGCAUGGUGUUCGCGGCGGCCGAGCGCACGCUGUACUGGACGUGCGCGUCCGAGCCCGCGCUGCGCGCCGCGCACGUGCCGGCGCCUGAGCGCGCGGCGCCGGGCUCGCGCGCGCCGCGCGUGCGCACCGUGCUGCGCCUGCACGCGGGCGCGCGGCCGCGCGGGCUCGACUUCGAGCCGUGCGAGCGCCGCGUGUACUGGAGCGACUGGAGCGCCGCGCGCCCGCGCAUCGAGCGCGCGCUGGCGGACGGGCGCCGGCGCCAGGCGCUGGUCACGCGCGACGUGCUCAUGCCCAACGGCCUCGCGCUGGAUCACGCCGCGCGCCUGCUGUACUGGGCCGACGCGCGCCUCGACAAGAUCGAGUGCAUGCGCUACGACGGCUCGCACCGCCGCCUGGUGGCGCGCGCGAACGCCGAGCACCCGUUCGCGCUGGCCGUGGGCGGCGGCUGGGUGGCGUGGACGGACUGGGUGGCGCGCGGCGUGUUCGGCGCCGAGCGCGGCGGGCCCGUGCGCGCGCUGCGGCGCGACGUGGUGCGCGCGAGUGGCCUCGUGCGCGUGGCGCGCGGCCUGCAGGCGUGCUCCGCCGACCCGUGCGCGCUGAGCAACGGCGGCUGCGCCGAGCGCUGCGCCGCGGUGGCGGGCCACGCGGCGUGCGCGUGCGUCGCCGGGCGCGUGCUGGCGCGCGACGGGCGCGCGUGCGAGCCCGCCGGUGAGACGUGCGCUGCGGGCUGGUUCGCGUGCGCGGAGGGCCCGUGCGUGCCGCAGGCGCUGGUGUGCGAUGGCGUGCCGCACUGCAGCGCGGACGCGGGCGCCAGCGACGAGGAUCUGUACUACUGCACGUCGCGCGAGUGCCCCGCCGACACGCUGGCGUGCGGCACGGGCGGCCGCUGCGUGCGCCAGGCCGCGCGCUGCGACGGCGUCGUGGACUGCGACGACGGCGACGACGAGGCCGACUGCGACUGCCCGCCCGCGCACUACAAGUGCGACGACGGCACGUGCGUUGGCGUGGCUGCGCGCUGCGACGGCGCCGCGCACUGUCCCGACGCGUCCGACGAGCGCAACUGCCCGCGCGACACGUGCUCGGCUUUGGGAGACGCGGCGCGCCGCUGCGCCGCCGGCGACCAGUGCUACGCUGCCGAGGCGCGAUGCGACGGCCACGCCGACUGCGCCGACGCCAGCGACGAGGCUGACUGCGCGCCGUCCACUGCGCCACCCGCCUCGUCCGCGCCCGACGCUUUCGAGGCGCUGCCGGCGCUGGGUUGCGCGCCGGAGCAGUUCCGAUGUGGCGGCGCCGGCGGCACGGAGUGCAUCCCGCUUGCGUGGCGCUGCGACGGCCGCGCCGACUGCGCCGACGGCAGCGACGAGGCGGAGCCCUGCGGGCACCGCGACGCAUGCGCGGCGGGCGCGUUCGCGUGCGGCGCGGGCGCGUGCGUGCCGGCGGCGGCGCGCUGCAACGGCUCGGCCGACUGCCCGCGCGGCGAGGACGAGGCGAACUGCGCGUGCGCGCCGGGCGCCUUCCGCUGCGCCUCCGACGCGCUGUGCCUGCAAGACACUCUGUACUGCGACGGCGACGCCGACUGCGACGACGGCUCCGACGAGCCGCCGGGCUGCACCGCGCGCGCCGCCGCCGCGCCGGCCGAGCCCGACUUCGCCUCGCAGCUGUGCGCCGGCGCGCCCGGCGCCGUGUACUGCGCGGGUCGCUGCGUGCCCGCCGCGCUGGCGUGCGACGGCCGCGACCACUGCGCCGACGGCGGCGGCGGCGGCGCGGGCUCGGACGAGGACCCGCUCGCGUGCGGUGAGUGGCGCGCCGGCCGCGGCGGCGCGCGAGGGCGCUGUCGAGUGAGUGCUGUUACAGCGGGCGCGGCGUGCGGUCGCGGCCAGUGGCGCUGCGGCAACGGCGCGUGCGUGCCGCCGGGCGCGCUGUGCGACGGCCAGGACGACUGCGGGGACUUCUCGGACGAGCAGCACUGCAAUGUGGACGAGUGCCGGAGCGCGAACGGCGGCUGCGCGCACAACUGCAGCGACCUGCCCGUGGGCCACGCGUGCUGGUGCCGCGCGGGCUGGCGGCGCGACGGCCGCGCGUGCCGCGACGCCGACGAGUGCGCCGAGGACGCGCCGUGCGAGCACCACUGCAGAAACACUGUAGGCAGCUACGUGUGCUCCUGCGCGGAGGGGUAUCGGCUGAUGGAAGAUAGCUCUAGCUGCGAGCCGAUUUCAUCCGUGCGAGCGUCGCUCAUCUUCACGAACCGCUACUACAUCCGCCGCACGGCCGUGCGCGGCGAGCGCGAGCGCGGCCCGGCGCCCGCCGCGCUGCUCGUGCACAACCUGACCAACGCGGUGGCGCUGGACGCGCUGUGGGCGCGCGGCUGCCUGCUGUGGAGCGACGUGGCGCGCGCCGGCUCCGCCAUCCGCAGCGCGUGCGGCCCGAGCCUGCGCACGGCGCCGCCCGCGAGCCCGCCGGCCCGCCCGCCCGCGCCGCUGGCGCCGCCGCCCGCCACGCUGCUGGCCGACGAGUCGCUGCGCAGCCCCGACGGGCUGGCCGCCGACUGGGUGGCGGGCAACGUGUACUGGUGCGACCGCGGCGCGCACUCGCUGGAGGUGGCGCGCCUGGACGGCCGCCACCGCCGCGUGCUGCUGCGCGCGCUGCCCGAGCCGCGCGCGCUGGCGCUGCUGCCCGCCGCCGGCCUGCUGUUCUGGAGCGACUGGGGCGCGCGCCCGCUCAUCGGCCGCGCCGGCAUGGACGGCGCCGGCGCCGCGCCCGUGCUCACGGCCGGCCUGGGCUGGCCCAACGCGCUCACGCUGGUGCCCGCCACGCGCGAGCUGUUCUUCGCCGACGCGCGCGAGGACUACAUCGCCGUGGCCGCGCUGGACGGCUCCGACGUGCGCGUGCUGCUGUCGAGAGAUCGCAUGCCGUGGCUGCGCCUGCACCACGCGUUCGGGCUGGGCGUGUGGGCGGGCCGCGUGUACUGGACGGACUGGGAGACGCGCUCGCUGGAGUCGUGCCGCCGGGUGCCCGACGCGCGCUUCGACGCGGCGGCGCCGGGCGAGCCGGCGGCGGGCGGCGCGCUGCGCUGCCGCACCGAGGCGCGCACCGUGCACCGCCCCAUGGCGCUGCGCGUGCUGCACCCCGCCGCGCAGCCGGCCGAGCCCGCGCUGGCGGCGCUGUGCGCGCGCCUGGCGUGCCGCGGGCUGUGCCUGCUCACGGCCGAGGCGCGCCCGGGCGCCGGCGCGGGCGCGCGGUGCGCCUGCCCCGAGCACUGGCUGCCCGACGGCGCCGCGUGCCGCGCCAACUGCUCGGCCGCGCACUUCCAGUGCCGCGACGAGCUCAAGUGCAUCCCCUUCUGGCGGCGCUGCGACGCGCGGGACGACUGCGGCGACGCCAGCGACGAGCCCGCCUCGUGCCCGCCCUUCCGCUGCGCGCCCGGCCAGUUCCAGUGCGGCGGCGGGCGCUGCCUGCCGCCCGCGCGGCUGUGCGACGGCGAGCCCGACUGCCCGGGCGGCGACGACGAGCGCGACUGCGAGCGCUUCGCGUGCCCGGCCGAACGGUGGAAGUGCGCCGGCAACGCCAGCGUGCCCGCGCGCUGCGUGGCGGCCUCGCUGCGCUGCGACGGCGAGCCCGACUGCCCGGGCGGGGAGGACGAGCGCGACUGCGCGCCCGUCUGCCCGCCGGGGCACUUCCGGUGCGCCUCGGGCGGCUGCGUGCCGGGCGUGUGGGCGUGCGACGCGGACGCCGACUGCGCCGACGGCUCGGACGAGGGCGCGUGGUGCGCGGCGCGCGAGUGCCGGCGCGGCGAGUUCCGCUGCGCGUCGGGCCGCUGCGUGCCGCGCGACUGGCUGUGCGACGGCGACGCCGACUGCCCGGCGCGCGAGGACGAGGCGGACUGCGGCGCGCGCGCGCCCUGCGACCCCACGUACUUCCGCUGCGGCGACGCGCGCUGCGUGCCGGGCCGCUGGCGCUGCGACUACGAGGAGGACUGCGCCGACGGCGGCGACGAGCGCGGCUGCCAGCCGCGCAACUGCUCCGAGUCCGAGUUCCGCUGCCUCAGCGGCGAGUGCAUCCGCGGCGCGCUGCGCUGCUCGGGCGCGGCCGACUGCGCGGGCGGGGAGGACGAGCGCGGCUGCGGCGCGUGCGGGCCCGCGGCGCGCGCCUGCGCCUCGGCCGAGCAGUGCGUGCGCAGCGAGUGGUGGUGCGACGGCGAGCCCGACUGCGACGACGGCUCUGACGAGUCGCAGUGCGCGACGGUCGCGCCGGGCGCGGCGGGCGCGGCGGGCGCGGAGUGCGGCGCGCGGCUGCGCUGCGACGGCGCGUGCGUGCCGGGCGCGUGGCGCUGCGACGCGCGGCGCGACUGCGCGGACGGCGCGGACGAGGGGGCGGCGCAGUGCGCGCGCGCGGCCUGCCCGCCGCCCAUGCUGCGCUGCGGCGACAACACGUGCGCGCCGCAGCAGGCGCUGUGCGACGGCUACGCCGACUGCGCCGACGGCAGCGACGAGAACCCGCUGCUGUGCGGGCGCGGCGCGGCGCCGUGCGCGGACGACGAGCAGCUGUGCGGCUCCGGGCGCUGCGAGCCGCGCGGCGCGGACUGCGAGCCGGACGGCGACUGCGACUGGCGCUCGUGCCCGCACCUGUGCCUGCCCAAGCACCACAACCACACCUGCAAGUGCGGCGCGGGCUUCCGGCGGCGCGUGCGGCCGCCGGGGCGCACGCUGGCCUGCGAGCCGGCCGGGGAGGAGGCGCGGCUGCUGGUGGCGUCGCGCGGCGAGCUGCGCCUGCUCGACCUGCACAAGCGCGAGCGCGAGCACGAGCCCGCCGCGCCGCACGAGCAGGGGCCCGAGAUCGUGUGCCUGGCCGCGGCGCCGGUGGACGGCGCGUGGUGGGCGUGGUGGGGCGACGCGUGGGGGCGCGUGCGGCGCCUGCGACUGGCUUGGGGCGUGGCGCCGCGCAUGGCGCGCGCGCAGGGCGUGGCCACGGCGCAGGAGGUGCGCGGCGUGGGCGUGGACCCGGUGGCGCGCCGCCUGUACUGGAGCAGCGUGCGGAGCGCGCGCGCGGGCGGCGUGCUCGGCGCGCUGCACGUGGCCGCGCUGGACGGCCGGCGCCGCGCCACGCUGUGGGCGCAGGCGGGCGCCGAGCCCGACGACGUGGUCGUGUCCGUCGCCACCGGCGAGGUGUUCUGGUCGGAGCGCGGCGCGCUGGGCGGCGUGCUGGCGGCGCGGCUGGACGGCGGCGGCGUGCGCUGGGCCGUGCGGCGGCGCGCGCGGCGCAGCGGGGCGCUGGCGCUGUGGGGCGCGGCGCGGCGCGUGUUCGUGCUGGACGCGUACUACGCCGAGCUGCACAGCGCGGCGCUGGACGGCUCGCGCCGCGCCACGCACGCGCUGUUCGGCGCCGCGCCGCUCCCGCCGCACCUCCGCGCGGACCGAGAGGGCGAGGCGUGGCAGCGCGUGCGCGGGCGCGCGUGCGUGCGCAUGGCCGUGUGGGGCGACUGGGUGUGGUGCGCCAGCGCGCGCGGGCUGCAGGCCGUGGCCUGGCGCGCCGCGCCCGCGCCCGCGCCGCCGCCCUUCCGCGCGCCCGCGUCCGCCGUGGCCGUGCUGCACCCCGCGCUGUUCCUGGACCUGCCGCCCGACCCGUGCGCGGCGCCGGGCGCCACGUGCCCGCGCGGUGCGCUGUGCGUCCGCGGCGCGGGCGCGGCGCACAGCUGCGUGUGCCCCGACGGGCUGGCGGCGCACGAAAACAGCGAGUGUGAAAUUGCAACCGCGAGCGGCAGCACUGGCGCGGCGUGCGCGCCGGACUGCGGGCCGGGCACGUGCGUGCGCCGCGCGGGCGCCGCCGCGUGCGCGUGCCCCGCGGAGUUCGCGGGCGCGCGCUGCCAGCACUACCGCUGCGCCGCGCACUGCCACCGCCGCGGCCGCUGCUUCGCCACCACCACCCCCGCCGCCGGCACCACCACCCGCGUCGCCGGCACCACCACCACUCCCGCCGCCGGCACCACCACCCCGGCCGCCGAAACCACCACCUCGGCCGCCGAAACCACAACUCCCGCCUUUGAAAACGCCACCCUCGCGGCUGACGUCGCGGCCGGCGCGCUGCCGCCGCUCGAGUGCGAGUGCUACGCGGGCUACGCCGGCCAGCGCUGCCAGCUGAAACUACGCCAGGAGAGCGAGACGACGACCGACCCGGCGAGCGAGACGACGAGCGAGACGACGAGCGGGACGAAAAGCGAAACAACGAGCGAAACGGCGAGCGAGGCGCUCGGCGGCUGCGCGCAUUGCGCCAACGGCGCCACGUGCAGAGCCGGGCUCCGCGGCUCGCCGGCUUCGUGCGCGUGCGCGCCGGGCUACGCGGGCGCGGCGUGCGCGGAGUGCGCGGCGGGGCCGGAGGGCGCGGCGUGCCGCUGCCGGGGCCGCUGUCUCAACGACGUGAGUGCGCGCGGCGGCUACACUGCGCACUGCGGCACGUGCUCCGAGGAGAACGGCGAGCCGCAGUGCGCGUGCCCGGCGGCCUGGCGCGGGCCGCGCUGCGAGCACGCCGCGCCCGAGGCGCCCGUCGCGCCGCCGGACGAGCAGCGGCCUAGCGCGGUGAAGUGUUCAGUGCUUUGUGACAUAGAAAUGGGCCGACGAAGGCGAAGAGAUCACCAGUGGGGCUCGUGCGCCGAGUCGUGCGCGCACGGCGGGCGCUGCGUGGCGCGCGCGGGCGCGGGCGGCGCGUGCGCGUGCGCGGGCGGCUGGGGCGGGCCGCGCUGCGCGCACUACCUGGGCCACGACCACGCGUGCCGCGCGCUCGACUGCCGCGCGCCCGCCGUCUGCGUGUGGCGCCCCGCCGCCGAGCCCAGCGCGCCGGGCACGCCGUACUGCGCGUGCGGCGCGGGCGCGUGCGCGGCGCCGGCGCCGGGCGGCGCGGGCGCGGCGUGGGGCGCGGGGCUGCUGGCGCUGCUGGUGCUGCUGGCGGCGCUGCUGGGCGCGCUGCUGGGCGUGCGGCGGCGCCGGCGCGGCUUCGCGCACGCGCGGCUGGCCGAGGGCGCGGCCGAGGCGCUGGAGAUCAGCAACCCCAUGUACCUGGCCGGCGACGACGGGCCCGAGCGCCGCACGGUGAGUCCGCCUCCCGCGGGGGCCGCCCGCGGCGUGCGCAACGGCGGGAGCCACUUCGCGAACCCCAUCUACGACAGCAUGUACGCGCCGCAGGAGAACCCCACCGAGGAGCAGGCGGCGCUGCUGCACCGCGCCGCGCCGUGAGCCGCCGACGCGGGCGCGACACGGCUGCGACGCGGCCACGACAUUGUGUGCUCAAACUGACAUGUGCCAUACGCUAUAUUUGUUAUUUAUGUGUCACUGCACCGAGCCACCUGGACUGGGCCAACUGAGUGAGGGAAUCGCCCCGGUCAGCGUUUUGUGCGCGUGAUAAGUAUGUAAUUACAUAAACCAGGGAAUAAAAAUAAUUACCAUCCAGUUAAAAUUCUAAAAUGUAUGUAGAGGCGAGUGGGCAUUCACCAUUAGUGUUAUCUUCUUGCCACUUACUUCCGGCACUAGUGAGAGUGACGUCACGUCAGCCAGCCGCCUAGUUGGCUCGGGGCUGGUACGAGUACAAUAAAUGUAACGAUACCUAUAAUUCUUGGGAAAUCUUCUAAACACCGGGCCUGUUUCUUUGGGACCUUGAAAUUUCACGUGACUUACAUUUUCUUUCCCACAAGAGCUGUCCAUUGUUAUUACAAAAUGCAGAUAGCAGCGUGUUUAAUAACAAUGCCACAGAGAGUCAGGGCCACUUCAGAUUCAGUGUAAUAAUUUAAUUACCCUAUAUUCUGCUCAAUUUUGUAACUCUAGUUGUGCCAAUAAUCCAUUCCACUUUUCCGUUCAGUUUUAUAGCGCAUAUAGCUCCAGUUAGUCGCACAAAUCAGUGUAUUUUCGUAGAAAACAUUUUCACAUUAACACUAAAGACUAACUGUCAUUUCUCAUUCAUUUGUAACAAUCAUUACUUCUCAUCCAUUAAGAAUGGUUCGAGUGCCAAAUAGAUAUUAAAAUAUGUUCUGCAGAUGUAGUAAUAAGUGUAGCAGCAGAGAUGUUUCCGCGCUAAGUAAUAAUGUUAUAUCGUAACUUUUAAUGAACUUCCGAAAACUAUAUAAUAGUAUCUCGUUCGGUAUAUGGAACAGUAUAUGGAACCGAGCGAGCGGUGGACGCUUUCUUUAGACAAAUAGUUGCUCGGCUAGUAAUCGCUGCGCCUUUGAAACGAUUACUACAAUCAAUCUAAGAAAUGCAUGACCAAGUCUAAACUCUCCGCUUGUCGGGUUCCCCACGAAACUGGUUUCGGCCCGAAAAGGUCAGCGUUGGUCGCGCAGCAUUAAACGUUUCGUUAACUUAGCACAUAGUUAACAUAGGUAUCCAAUGUAGCUAUCUUGUGAGACCAGACAUUAUACUGUAAGUGAUUUCCCAAGCCAAGCCACAGAAACACAACCACCCUCCCUCGCUAAGUAUGUACCUAUGCAGCAAGUAUAUAUGUAGUUUUCUCCCAAUAUCGAUCUAAUUUAUAUUUGAAGGCCAACUUCACUCAAUAUAUACAUAUAUAUAAAUUUAUACUACUACAACUAUGGUUUUUACGUUACCCCAAAAUCUCAGAGAAAAGCAAACUUACCAGUUAUUCCAUCGUUGCAAAAGCAGAAGUUCGGGCACAUUGCAUUGGGACAUGCCCUUAGGUCGACAAUUCACAAAAACAACUGAAAAACUCCCCAUGGCUUGCGCUGAUAAGGCCAGUGGAGCCUACAGUUAUUAACGUCCCACUGCUGGCAAAUGCCAUGUUAGCUUACUUGUGAACUCAAACUACUGUCUUAUGGGUAGCGCCCACGUUACACUUACUUUUAUUAACACAACACAGAAAAAGUUGUUUAAUUUUGAUGAACAUAUAAUUUGUUUCGAGGGUAAC